AUGAUUUCGGGGCGUGGAGGAGCUGGCACUCGGGGGAGGAUCAGACCCCCUCGUCGUAUUGUGCGUGCCACCGAGUCUGGCGAGGGUUCCGAUUUUGAGGUAUGCUGGAAAAUGCUUAGGGAAGCACUCGACGACAUCCACAGGAAAAACUGCAGCAAGUUAUCUUUCGAAGAACUGUACCGAGCGGCCUACAAAAUCGUCCUUAAGAAAAAAGGCGAGCUUCUCUACGAAAAGGUGAAAGGCUUUGAGGAACAGUGGUUCAACGACCAUGUUAUCCCUGAAAUCAAAGAGCUAUUCAGCAAGAGUCUGCUUGACAGCGGAAGCAGAUCGAUUCACGAGAAGCGACAGACCGGGGAGAGAUUCCUCAAAGGUCUACGCGACAAAUGGGAAGACCACAACAUGUCUAUGAACAUGACGGCGGAUAUUCUGAUGUACCUCGACCGUGGCUAUACCCAGCUUGAAGCACAGCGAAUCCCCAUCUUCGCCACCACCAUCGCGUUGUUCCGAGAGCAUAUCCUUCGAUCAUCCCUAAAUACCAACCACAAGGUCAUCGAUGUCCUGAUAUCGGUUAUCCUCGAGCAGAUCAACAUGGAGCGCGAAGGAGAUAUCAUAGACAGAAAUCUUAUUCGAAGCUGCACCCGAAUGCUCAGCAGUCUCUACGAAACCGAAGACGAGAAAGACAGCGACAAGCUAUACUCCACAGUCUUCGAGCCCCGUUUUCUUGAAAAUAGCAAAGCCUACUAUGCCGCCGAAUGCGAGAAGCUACUACGCGAAUCGGACGCCGGGGCCUGGUUGCGACACACCCAAACGCGGCUGAAUGAGGAGAUCGAUCGGUGCGGAACCACAAUAGAGCUGGAGACACUGCCAAAGGUCACGUCGACCAUUGAUCAAGAGCUUAUAAUCAAGCAUCUGGGCGAGUUUUUAGCACUCGAAGGGAGUGGUUUGAAGUGGAUGAUUGACAACGACAAGGUAGAAGAGCUCUCUAUCCUCUACAGGCUCGUCUCUAGAGUCGAUUCUACAAAGACAUCGUUGCGGGAAAUUCUACAGCGCCGUGUGGUUGAGCUUGGCUUAGACAUUGAAAAGGUCCUGAAGAACACUGACUUCUCGACUGGUCAAGGUGAUGGAGAAGAAGGCGAAGGCGACAAGGCAAAGACCUUGAACCUCGCUGCGCAGCAGACUGCUGCUGCAAUAAAAUGGGUUGAUGAUGUUCUUCGUCUAAAGGACAAGUUUGACAAUCUCUGGACCCGUUGCUUCCAGGACGACCUCAUCAUCCAAAGCGCCCUGACCAAGAGCUUUUCCGACUUCAUUAACAUGUUCAAUCGGAGCUCUGAAUAUGUCUCCCUGUUUAUCGACGACAACCUCAAAAGAGGUAUCAAGGGCAAGACAGAAGCGGAGGUGGAUGUUGUUCUUGAAAAGGCCAUUGUUCUGAUCAGAUACCUUCAAGACAGGGAUCUGUUCCAAACAUACUACCAGAGACAUCUGGCUAGACGACUACUUCAUGGCAAGUCCGAAAGCCACGAUGUUGAGAAACAAAUCAUCUCUCGGAUGAAGCAGGAGCUUGGACAACAGUUCACCAGCAAAUUCGAAGGCAUGUUCAGAGAUCUGGUCACGUCCACGGAGCUUACUACCGGCUACCGUGAUCACAUCCGCAGCGUUGGAGACGGUAGUAAGACCAUCGAUCUCAACAUUAACGUUCUCACCACAAACUACUGGCCACCCGAGGUCAUGGGACGCACCGCGCAGAUUGGCGACGGUUCUCGCGUUACUUGCACGUACCCACCUGAGCUGGACCGAUUGCAGGCAAGCUUCGAGCAGUUCUACCUAACUAAUCGUAAUGGGCGCAAACUUACCUGGAUUGGCACAACUGGUAGCUCUGAUAUCAAGUGCACUUUCCCGGCCAUUGCUGGGAAGUCUGGUCCUCUAUCACGAGAGCGCAGAUAUGAAAUCAACGUGCCGACCUUUGCCAUGGUCGUCAUGCUUCUUUUCAACCAUCUGGAAGAUGAUCAGUCGUUGACAUUUGAGGAGAUUCAGGCCAAGACGAACAUCUCAAACCAGGACCUCAUGCGGACGCUGACGGCCAUUGCGGUAGCGCCCAAGUCUCGUGUCCUGCUAAAGGAUCCAGCCAACAAAUCAGUCAAACCGGGCGACAAGUUUACCUUCAACGCAUCGUUCCAAAGCAAGACUAUCCGAAUCAAAGCACCCAUCAUUAAUGCAGUGUCAAAGGUUGAAGACACGACGGAGAGGAAGACUACUGAGGAAAAGAACAACCAGACGAGAGCCCACAUUGUUGACGCAGCAAUCGUGAGAAUCAUGAAAUCUCGAAAGGAGCUCUCUCAUUCUCAGCUGACCAGCGAAGUUCUCAGCCAGCUGUCGGGUCGCUUCAAGCCUGAGGUCUCCCUCAUCAAAAAGCGUAUCGAAGAUCUUAUCGCCAGAGAAUACCUCGAACGCCCUGAUGAAGAUGGCGCACCAUCUUUGUACCGUUAUGUUGCAUAA